AUGGGCGGAGCUACCUCCUUCGCCGCCGAGGCAUUUACACUGCUCUCUAUCGGCAUUUCGGUCAUUGGGCUGCGAACGUUUGCGAGGAUACGGCAAGUUGGCGUGAGGAACUUUGAGGCCGAUGAUUACCUCAUGCUGGUAGCGAUUAUUCCGUAUACGAUCGAGACGGCGCUUGCCUAUACUGUUGGAGCAAAGUUUCAUGGAUUGACCAACAGUUCGAUGACGGAUGAGGAGCGCAAGGCUCUGUCUCCAGACACUGAAGAAUAUAAAUGGAGGGUUGGAGGAUCCAAGAUUCAGAUUGCUGGUUGGAUUACUUACGCCACGGUGUUGUGGGUUAUCAAGAGUGCGCUGUGCGCCUUUUACUUUCGACUCACGGCUGGUCUCACCGGUUACAAAACUCGUAUCUACAUUGGCUUCGGCUUCAUCGCCUCUACCUACGUCGCCAUUGUCUGUUGCAUUCUAUUCAGCUGCCAUCCAUUCAACCGCUUUUGGCAGAUUUACCCCGACCCAGGCAACUUCUGCCACCCCGCGCUGUCCAAGCUCUACAUCUUCAUCAUCGUCAGCCUCAACAUCCUAACUGACAUUUACUUGCUCGCGAUCCCCAUUCCGAUGCUUUGGGGCGCUCGAAUUCCCAAAGUGAAGAAGUAUGGAUUACUCGUGCUCUUCUCUGGGGCCGUAUUUGUGAUGGUUGCGGGUUUACUACGAUGUAUCCUAAUACUCAAGAAUCCCAAGACGGGCCCUGAAGAGGGAGCUAGUUGGGCUGUACGAGAGUCCUUCGUUGCCGUCGUGACAGCCAACCUUCCCAGUACAUGGGGAUGGAUGCGCCAAAAGCUCAAACCCAUCUUCGGUUCACUUCUCUCGUCCAACAACGUCAGCUCAAAGUACAAAGGCGGUCCCGAACCUGGAAGUAUCAUGCUCGCCGACGGAAAUGGAUCAAACUGGAAGAGGAGUAAUGGAAGGUCUAUCAGAUCAACGACGGGGCUUGGAAGUGUGAAUGAUCGGAAUGUCUACAUCCACGGAGGAGGCGGCGAGGCUAGUUCGGACGAAAUUAUUCCAUCAAUGCCUGGAAUCACAAAAGAAGUUGAGUUUACAGUUGAGGAGUCGGAUGCAAGAAAAUGA